AUGAGAGCUUUCAAGUGGGGAGUCCUUGGAGGCGGACAAAUGGGAUACGCUAUCAAGAGUGGAGCUGUGAAAGCUGGGGUGAUUAGAGGAUCAGAUGUAAUUGUAAGCGAUCCUGUCUUCGAAAAAGAAAGCUACGAGGCUAAAUGGAAGAGCUUCGGAGCCAAAUGUAAAGAAGAUAAUAAAGAAGUAAUUGAAAAUGCAAAAUUCAUCCUUUUAUCUGUCAAGCCGCAAAUUCUUCCCGAAAUUGCAAACGAGCUCUCCAAACUUCAAGAGGAUCAAACAGUCAUUUCUGUUAUUGCUGGGCAGAAACUUGACAAACUUGAAAGUUUAUGUGGAAAAGCAAAAGUUGUCCGUGUUAUGGUCAACACGGCAUGUUCAAUCGGACAUGGAGCCGCCGCUCUUUGCGCAAACGAAGCUGUCACGAAAGAAGACUUUCAAGAAAUUCAAGAGUUGUUCAAUGCUACAAAUGGAGCAGUAGAUAUCCUGCCAGAAAAAGGAUUUGAUGCAUUCACAGCUCUUUCUGGUUCAGGAAUUGCCUACGUUUACAUGAUGGCGGAAGCAAUGGCUGACGCAGGAGUUCACGGAGGUUUAUCGCGAGACUACGCUACAAAAGUCGCAGUUCAAACCAUCCUUGGCGCGGCUCAGAUGGCCGCUCAGACAGAAAAACAUCCAGCCGUUUUAAAAGAUGCGGUAACAUCUCCAGGUGGCUGCACAAUGGCCGGCGUGCGGACACUCGAAAAACUUGGCUACCGAAGUUCCAUAAUUGAGGCCAUUAUCGCCACUCAAGAAAGAUGUCAAAACUUUUAA